AAGGGAAUUAAUAUAUAAGAUACACAGUGGACUAUCGACAUAACAUAACCAACCUCCAAGGGAAAUAGGAUAAAGUUCGUUAUAUCGAUAAUAGUGAAUAUGGAAAGUGGUUACGACGUUGAAGUUGUUUCAAAUGAUCUUCCUGCGAUGUAUUGUCCAAUUUGUCUGAAGUUGAUGUACUUACCUAUUCAGUUUAAAUGCUCACAUGCAUUGUGUAAGCCAUGUUUUGAUAUUUUAAAGUCGACAUUUGAAGAAUCAGAUGAUAGUGAUGAUGAUGACGAUGAUGGUGUCCCUAAUUUGGUUUGUCCUACUUGCAAAAAGGCUAUCGAUAAAAUGGAGUGUUACCAAGACAAUUUGUUGCACCGCAUGAUUCUUAGUGUGGCAGUAAAAUGUCCAAAUCAUAACAAUGGCUGUACAUGGGAGGGUGAUUUGGGAAACAUUGACGCUCACCUCAAAAACUCUUGUGCUGCUGUUUUGGUAACAUGCUCCUUUGAAGGAUGUUUGGAGAAAAUGGUAAAGGCGGAUUUGACAGAACAUCAUGAUAUUUGUCCAUAUCGCACAGUUGAGUGUGUAUAUUGUGACAAAGAGUAUUGCAUGAAAAAAGAACUUAGUCACAAUGCCCAAUGUAAGCGAUACCCAAUUAACUGCAAAUUCAAUUGUGGUAAUGUUGUUGCAAGAGACAGUGCUGCUGAACAUUAUGAAGAGUGUGAACUCAGAGAAGUAGCAUGUCCCUAUCAAUUUUGUGGUUGUGAGAAAAAGGUUGUCUGGAAGUCUGUAGAAAAACAUAUUGCUGAAGCAGUGGAAUAUCACCUUUCUCUGACGGUGAGGACUACUGCUCUACAUAACGUCUCCUGCGAAAAAUUAGGUGCAAAAAUGGACGAAAAAUUUGAAAUAUUGAACAAAAAGAUGUCCGCAGAUAUGUCGGCUUUAGAAAACAGAGUCAAUAGAAAAAUUUCAACUGUUUUAAAUAAAGUUGAGAUUCUGAGUAACAAUGUCAUGAAGAAAGAUAGGAUGUUGAUGAACACAGCAACAGCAUGUGUUGCAUUUGUGUCCAAGUUGGUAGAAAAUGCAGAUACUUUGUUAAAUCUAAAGGAGAUGGUGGCAAAAUUUGACGAAUGGUGCGUUGAGACAUUUGAAGAAGGAAUGUUUACUGAAUUGAAAUUCGAUAUGAAAAUUUCCGUAAGUGCUAAGUACAAUGAAUUGAAGACGAAAAUAGAGGACAUAACAGAAGAAAUUCGUGAACGCAAGGAAAGGCUUCAACUUUUUGCAGAUGAACUUGGUGGCACGAUGGAUACAGAUGGAUUAAGUGAGGAUCAAUCUUUAGCAUCGUCGCUAAACAAUACCAACAAAAUUGAAGAAGAGAUAGGUGCGUUAAAAACGGUUCUCGCUAAAAAGUAUCGCGAAAAUUACUGUUUCGCUUACCAAGAGAGGUUUAAGAUCUUCGUUGAAAACUUAAACAAAAAAGCAUGGAAUAACCAUCAAUGCGUUUGGAAGAUUGAUCUGUCGAAAUUACGCGAAGGUAGAAAUAUGUUCUAUAAAGUCGACAGGGAUUAUUUUGCUGCAAAACUGUUACCAGAAGAACAGGCUACCAGGGAAGAAAAAGAAAUCACCAUUGUUACUGUUAAUGUUGUUAAUAAUGAAGAAAUUUCUGUUGUUAAAAAGGAAAAUGAGGAGUAUUAUCCCCAAUUACACGUGCAAAAAAAUGGUGACGAAAUAAAUUUUGAUUAUCGUUUUUACAAACAAGCAUCGUGGAUUAAUGCUUCUGUUUGCAUUUUCAACCAAACUGAUUUCGAUCAUAUCAGCUCGUAUCGAAAUCAUAUUUGCUCGUCAUAUAGUGCCAAAAAAAUGAGAGACGUGCAUGAAGUUCUGUCCAGGUUUCGUCAAAGCGAGUUAUUGGCAGAGAAUCGGAUAUAUAUCCGAUUUAAUAUUACAUGAAACUUUUUUUACGUAAACAACACAAAGUUUUGACUAAGGCCUAAUUUUGCCGAAGGUUUAGCAAUAAUUAUGAAACUGAAAGUUUUAGAAUGUUUUUUUAAUGUUUGUUAUUUUCUGCAAAAAAAAUCUAGAAUGUUUAUUAUUUUCUCCUUUUUUGAGCAAAAUUUCCAAAAGUAUGGAGAAAAAAAAUUAGUGUUUGCUCUUAAAAUUUGUCUUGAAAACCUCCUAAAUUUCACUGCACUCUCCUAGAGCAAUUUUAAAUCUGUGGCCAUCUAUCACAAACUUUCGCGAAUGGUAAUUUUUAAAACUAUCACAAGACAAAGUUUGCAAAAUACUUUAAAAAUCAUAAAAUUUUUGUUUGAUCAAUGUAAGCUGUAUAAUCGUUUUUUGUAGUGUUCUUUUGAUUGUAAAAAACAUAUCUCGUUGUGAACAUGUAGUAAGCUUUUAGGGAGUUUUCUUGUAUGUAUUUUUGUGUAUGUAUGUAUUUUUAUCAAUAAAGAUUUUAGAUAGCUCUAUUUUAGAUAGCAUUUUUUGGUGUGAGUGCGUUGCCAAUAGAAUUCUUAUGAAGUUUUGUUUUGUUGGUUUAAAUGCAAUAGUGUUAUGUUCUUAUUUUUUCUUAAUUAAUAUUUUAUAUACAUGUUUAAAUAUGUAAUGAUGCGUGUUGUGAAUCCUAUGACAAAAAUUGAAUGAACUAUUUUUGUAAGAGUAGCACAGGAUAUCAA